GGACAGCUCUUCUUCAGCUUAAGCACAACGAAAUGUCUUUGCCCACACGCAAGAUCGGCGACGCGAACGUCAGUUGCCUUGGUUUCGGAAGGAUGGGUUUGUCGGCAUAUUACGGCCCCACAAAGCCGGACGAAGAACGCCUCAAGGUCCUGGAUGCUGCCUACGAGCACGGCUGUACACUCUGGGACACGUCUGACAUCUAUGGUGAUAGCGAGGACCUCUUUGGGCAGUGGUUCAAGCGCACCGGCAAGCGCAGCGAGAUCUUUCUCGCCACGAAAUUCUGUAUUCGUGUUGUCGAUGUGGCAGAUGCUAGCAAGGGCAUCGUGAUCGAUGGCACGCCGGAACAUGCGAGGCCGGACAAGAACGUCCCGAUCGAGCUAACCAUUAGCGCCAUGGCAGAAGCGGUCAAGGCAGGCCAAGUCAAGUACAUCGGCAUCUCCGGGUGCACUGAGGACACUCUCCGCCGUGCACACGCCGUACACCACCUAUCAGCAGCGCAGUUUGAGUACGCGCCCUUCACGCUGAACAUCGAAGACCCACAGAUCGGGAUCAGGAACGCGUGCAAGGAGCUCGGCAUUCCGCUCGUAGCGUCCUGCCCGCUCGGGCGCGGGAUCCUCUCGGGUAAGUUUGCACGUCCCCGUCCGUCCACCCAUAACCGCGAGGCGCCGAACGACGGGGACACCCGUAAGAUGCUCGACUACCCGCGCUUGCGGGCGGAGAACUUCCGGCUCAUACUGAAGCUCAUCGACACACUCACCGAGAUAGGCAAGAGGCAUGGCGCGACGACCGCACAGGUCACACUUGCAUGGGUGCUCGCCCAAGGCCCGGAUGUGAUCCCGAUCCCCGGUACUACCAACCCCGGACGUGUCGAGGAGAAUGCAAACGCGGUAAACGUCCAACUUACCGCCGAAGAGGUGAAGGCGAUCCGUGAUGCUGUCGAGCUGGCGGGACUGCACAAGAUCUCGCGCGCCGCAGAAGGCUUUUUAAAUAUGCAUUUCGUCAGCACACCACCGCUACCGAAGUAA